GAUCACGAUAACACGAGCGGUUGCCCUGGUGCCGGGCUUUGCUGUUGCAGUGCUUGCUAAAGAGAGUGGGCGUGCGGCUUCCUCUGGGCCGAUCUGAUUUCUCCGGGAGCGUGGUUAAGGCACACUCAGGAGAAAUCACCCUCCGUGGAGCAGGGACACAACCUCUCGGUGCGCUGAGGUGCCUGGGCAGGCGGGGUGCUGUUUUCUUUGCGGGGGGGGGGGGGGGGGGAAAUCAACUAGCUUGUUCCUCACGCCUGGGAAAACAUCAUCUGGCAACGAAAAGCAAAAGGAGCAAGUUUUGCGGGGCCGUGGGGUCCCUGCGGGUUGGCAGGGAGGCAGCUUCCACGGGAGUCUCCAUCCUCACCCGCACCAGAGAGACGAGGCAGGAGCUUUGUGGGACCCAGCCAAAAAGUCCAUCAGCGGAAGCGCAGGCGGGCAGAAGCAGCAGCCCCAUGUCGUGGGACACGGGGCAGCACGGGGCCACCGGCCUCCCCAGGGCCACGCUGCGGAAAUCAGCAUCGAUGUACACAGAAAUACAGCGGGACCAUCCCGACAGUGGGAAUAUCCUGACUCACCCAGACUACAUAGAUGGAAACCCAGACCUGAUCAAACCUAAAAAGCUCCUCAACCCUGUCAAAGCCUCGAAGAGUCACCAGGAGCUGCACAGAGAGCUGCUGAUGAACCACAAGAGAGGCUUGGGCGUGGAGAGCAAGCCAGAGCUGCAGCGGGUGCUUGAGCACCGACGGCGAAACCAGCUCCUCAGACAGAAGAAGGAAGAGGAAGAGGCAAAGAAAUUGCAGUCGCCCUUUGAAAAGGAGCUACUAAAAAGGCACCAGAGGCUGGAUCAGCUGGAGAAAGAGCAGGAGAAGGAGGAAGACCAUGCUCCAGAAUUCAUUAAAGUAAAAGAAAACCUGAGAAGAACAUCAACAGUGACUGGGGAAGAGAAAGCAGCAUAGCUUCUGCCAAAACUCACUGGAGAUCCUACCAAGGCUGACAUCUCUGUACAUGGUGGACAUUCAAAGCCGCAUCUUUGGGGCUACUUACAGUUAUUAACACUUGCUCCAGUAGAAGGCACAAAAAAGGUUUUCUCAUCCCAGGAAGGUCUUACGGUGGAAAAGGUGCAGCAUGCACUGAAGAAGUACUCAGGCGAGGAGAUGCAGAGAGAAGCGACGUCCCUUUCCUGCCAGACUGUGGGUGUACACUAACUUCCAGCUAACUCUUGGUUAACCCUUGAGGCACAGUGACCAUGUAAGGAGGGAUGGGCAUUCCCAGAGGUUUGGGGAACCCCACGUAUCCCCAGAGGUGGGCUCACCAAGCUGGGGACAAUAGGAGAGCAGCUGCAGCUCUGGGAACCCGCCGUGCUAACACAAAGGACAAUCUGUGCAUCACUGAGAACAGCCCAGGUGACUGUAAGGGCUUUCCCAAGGGUUACUGGCAUCGUGCCACUACAUGAGUGCAGCCUUGCUGAGGCUGUGUGUCCCAGCAGCAUGGCUCUGCCAUUAAACAACGAAAAAAAUCAACCCCUGUGUGCCCACACCAGCUCAGCAAUGGCCAGCCAGGUUCAACUGUUUUCAUGAGCACCUUUAAGCUGCAUUUCAAACCUGCUUGUGAACAGCUAUUUAGCUAUUUACGCAGUUCCAUGUUCAGGCAGAAGAUACACUGGGCUAUCCCAUGAAAGCCCCGAAUGAGAGGAAAAUGCUUCAUGCAUAAAAGUACAAGCCGGGGCUUUCAGCAUGGGUGUCAGUGGAAACGUGGUGACCAGGCAGCAGAGCCAGCAGCGACAAACUGCUUCUCGCCUCUCUGCACGAAGAUGCUGCUGCAAAGCUGUUUGUCAGUGCUUCUUAUCCCUUCUUUCAGAGGUCAGUGCUGCCUCACACUGCAAGGCUAAAAAUCUUCUUGCUGCUGGUAGAGCAAAGCUGAGGUAGAUGGUGCCUUUGCACCACGUAUGGACAGAGGCCACCACAUUUAUGGGGCACCUGUGCCCUGAGGUGUCCACAUAUAGAGCUAAAAUUGCUCCUUCAGGUAGAUCUCAGCUUCUUGGUUCUCACACAGCCCUGCUACAAAGCCUGAACAGCAUAACUCACCGACUGCCUUCCAACACUGGUUCUUGAAUGGCAAGAGUCAAUGGGUGUAGUCAGCUGGGAAGGUGACACUUGGUUAACAGUAUCUACCAUCCACAUCUGCAGUGGAUCCAUACGUAAAUUAAGGAGAGGGGGGUGUUUAUUAAGGAGAAGGGGUGUUUAUUAAGAAGUUACUAAUCCAUUCCCUAGUCUCUUUGGUCCAGCAUGGCAUUUCAUUUCAGAGGACUGUUGCUCAACCUGGCAGCUUGAGUAAAACAUCUGAGCCACAUCAUGCGUCAAGAGCAGCAAUACAGAUACGAGGCUUCUGGACAGCCUUGCAUUAUAAAAAAGCCCUUACCCCAGUUCCAGCCCUCGAGAGCCCCACCUCACAGCACUGGCCCUCGCUCAUCAUGCUUAUUCUAAACAGGUUUUUACUGCAGAAAUCCAGUGCAUAUGGUUACUAUGGGUCAAACGAGAUCUGAAAGGAUUUGUUUUGUCUUUUCCCACUGUAAAGUUUUUCAUAUAGCCUAUGAUUAAAACCAUGAGGGAGAAGUAGCAUCAAGCAUCUUUUCAGGGAAGAA